AUGUCAAAAGUGUUCAUCGCUACAGCAAAUGCAGGCAAAGCUCAUGAAGCCGAUAUUUUCUCCGUUUCAGCAUGCAAUUCAUUUACAAUAAGUUGUUCCGGUGACGGGUACUUGAAAUUAUGGGAAAAUAAACUAUUGGACAACGAAAAUCCAAAGGAUAAGUGCUACGCUCAGUUUGUCCAUAAGACUGGACUACAUCAUGUGGACGUAUUGCAAACUAUCGAGAAAGAUGCAUUCGAUAUAUGCCUUGUCGCUACCACUUCGUUUUCUGGCGAUGUAUUCUUCUAUCGUAUCACUAGAGAAGCUGAGACUAGGAAAGUUCUGUUCGAGAAAUUGGAUCUACUGGAUUCUGAUAUGAAGAAGAACUCUUUUUGGGCGCUAAAAUGGUGUGCCUCGAACGAUAGGUUACUAUCCCAUAGAUUAAUUGCCACAGACGUCAAGGGUACGACUUACGCGUGGAAAUUUUACCCGUUUGCAGACGAGUCUGGCUCUUCAGCACCGGAUUGGAAACCCACAUUACAGCUACAAGGCAUCAUUGAGUCACCCAUGACUCCAAAUCAAUUUGCUACUUGCGUGGAUAUCUCCGAGCGAGGGCUAAUCGCCACAGGCUUUAAUAACGGUACCGUACAAAUUUCAGAGCUGUCUACACUACGCCCGUUAUACAAUUUUGAAUCUCAACACUCUAUGAUCAAUAACUCGAAUUCCAUAAGAUCGGUGAAGUUUUCCCCUCAGGGGUCCCUAUUAGCCAUUGCACACGAUUCAAAUUCAUUUGGUUGCAUAACUCUAUAUGAAACUGAGUUUGGUGAGAGAAUAGGUUCUUUAUCCGUCCCAACACAUAGCUCACAGGCAAGUCUUGGUGAAUUUGCGCAUUCCAGUUGGGUGACUAGUCUAUCGUUCAAUGAUUCUGGCGAGACAUUAUGUAGCGCCGGGUGGGAUGGUAAAUUGAGAUUUUGGGAUAUAAAAACCAAGGAAAGGAUUACCACGUUGAAUAUGCACUGCGAUGAUAUUGAAAUUGAAGAAGAUAUUUUGGCUGUUGAUGAACACGGAGAUUCAUUAGCUGAACCUGGUGUCUUUGACGUAAAAUUUUUGAAAAAAGGUUGGAGGUCUGGUAUGGGAGCUGACUUGAACGAAAGUUUAUGCUGUGUUUGUCUAGACAGGAGCAUCAGGUGGUUUAGAGAAGCUGGUGGCAAAUAG